AUGAAAACUAUUAGCGACACUCGGAAUCCAAUAUCACCAGCUCUCUUGCAACCAUCGAAAUGGCUUUUGAUCUAUGAGGACUUUGUGACCAAGAACGCCAGUUCGGUUGGCCAAGUCGAGUCUGCGCUGAGGUCCUUGACUUAUAUCAUCCCAGGACGAUACCGCGAAUCAGAGAUACCGUCAGAAUGUGUACACUCCGGUGUCCAGUUGUUAUCCUUGUACCAUGACUCCCUUGUUUCUCGAGUCAUUGAUCGACUUCCGUCGACUGUUUCUCGGCCACCACCCACCCCCCACUCCCGUUAUACCAAGUAUUGGACCUCUCGCUCUUCGCUGUAUCGCCAGGUAGCGCUUGCACUGCAGAUGCUCCAAUACACCGAGCUUCUCUGGGAAAUGGCAGCGCGGCGGCGUGGCCAGAAAACCCGUUGGCGGGUAGUUGUCUUUAUCGAAUUCGCAAAGGCAGUCUGCCGCUUGCUCCUUCUGCGAUUGACCAACUCCAGGCCCCUGGUCAGCCCCCCACUUCCAGAGCGCGAGGUCGAUCCCAGAACGACAGAAGAUGAGGAUGGACAGGGUGACUGGAACGGGAUGGAUACCCCGGUGAGCGAGCGGUCUUCAGACUUGAGUUGGACGAUGCCUCGCACAGGACUAUCCCUUCCAUCUCUCCCAGACGCCAACGACGUGUCGAACUAUCUUAUCUCCAAAGUGCUCACAGCCGAUGAUAUCAAACCCCCAAAGGCGCUUCUUCAUCGGGCUACAGGACAAGGGCAACUAGCUGAAGUGCUAUACAUUCUUCGACCUGUCUUCUACGCCAUGGCGAUGCAAAAAUGGAGUGGCGACAAGCGAAGCUGGCGGCCCUGGCUUCUCGGAUUCGGCAUGGAAUAUGGCUGCCGUCAACUCGCAAAGCGUGACUUCCGCGAAAGGGUUGCUGGCGGUCUUCGAGGCCUCACAGGGCUCGAGCGAGAAGAAUUGAAGAAACGUGGAUGGUCAAUGGGCUGGUGGAUGAUGCGGGGCGCAUUCUACGAGACUAUCACCAAGCCCUGGAUCCACAGUUUUACCGAAAAGAUGAAAGGCAAGCCAUUGUUGGAUUUGGUGGGCAGUGUCGUGGAGGAUUAUGAAUACCUUUGGGAUAACUUCUACUUCUCGACCGCUACACUGUGA